GCUCCUCUUCCUCCACCAUCUCUCUCUUCCCACACCUCCAACCACCCGAACGUGCUCCUUCCUGCGCGCUGCUUCCACGAAACGGCACAGCAUCCUCUGUGGGCCAUACCAUCACGACUAUAGCCUCGUCGCUGCCUCUGCACGCGUGGGCUUUCGUGGUUCCACGGCUCGGCUCGCAAAUGCGCUGAAACGCCCAUUUUCGGCUCUGCCCUCGGCUGCUGCUGCGCACCUCGAGGCUCUCCGACGUCGACGCCGCUGCCACUGUCGCACCGUUGGAUACGGCCGCUACCGGCUCCUUGCGGGAGCGCAUACCAACAGCAUGACUUCCACGGCCUCCACGGCUACCCCUGCCAAACAUGCCUUCGAGAAGCGGGUUGAGGAUGUCAAGUCACCCAAGAGUGACAUCAAUGCCCUCAUCCUAGACUACUUGACAAUGGAAGGCUACCCCAACGCGGCAGCCAAAUUUUCAAAGGAGGCGAACCUCCAGCCCCAACAAGACAGCGCAUCCAUUCGUGCCAGGCAAGAGAUCCAGGCUUCCAUACAUAGUGGGGACAUACAAGCUGCAAUCGAGACGUUGAAUGAGCUAGACCCUCAGAUCCUAGAUGACGAUAAAGCACUUCAUUUCUCGCUGUUGCGCCUCCAGCUGGUGGAGCUGAUCCGGUCUUGUAAUGCUUCGGGAGGCGAUAUUGGCCCAGCGCUUAAGUUCGCCACAGAGCAGUUGGGGCCGCGAGCCCCAACGAACCCCAGAUUUCUGGAGGACCUGGAGAGAACCAUGGCCCUCCUCCUUUUCCCUCAGGACAACCUCGAGCCUCAAUUGGCCGCUCUACUGAAUCCGGAUCUUCGCCGUGAUGCUGCCGACAGCGUAAAUCGAGCUAUUCUGGAGCGACAGUCCGCGAGGCGAGAGGCCGCUAUUCGCCAUCUCGUCAAGAUGCGAGCAUGGGCGGAGAGCACUGCUCGCGACAGAGGCUCAAACCUUCCAGAAACCCUGGACAUUGGACUCAGGGGUGACGACCCGGAAAACACCCAGAGCCGACGACUGCUCAAUACGGAAAACGGGCAUGAGCCCAUGGUGACAAACUGAAGUGUGCUUGCGAUUCGUCGCAAUUGGAGGUUUUUUUUUUUUGGCUGACAGGGCUGGCGACUGGGUUUUGCUUGGGACGGCGGCGUAAUGAUAACGACAAAUACCGGCAAUGGGUGUGUUCCCGCCAGGGUGCACGGCGUUCAUGGGUUCUAUUAAGACGGUUUGCAGCGCGUUUCUUAAUGUAUUAUGAAGUGUAUGAGGCAAGACUAGACGCAAUGUCAAAUAUUAAUUGUUACACCGUCGUCAAGGGGUUUUUUCUCUGCUGUCACGCGGCGAGGUAGUUCCCGUGGGCGGCAUCUCACGCACAGCAACUCGCGCAUCAUUUAGUGCAUGG